AUGUCAUCAACUGAAACUCAAACUAUUCAAACUACUACUGCUCAAGCAGCUACUUCAAGAGGUUAUGUCUUAGGUGAAAGAGGUGCCCACAAUAUUGCUAAAGGUUUAGCUCAUCCUUAUCCAAUUCCGUUCUUUGAAGAUAAAUUAAAAGAAAGGGAAUGGAUCAAACAACAUGUUGCUGGAGCUUUCAGAGUUUUUGCAAGAAAAGGUUAUACUGAAGGUACUGCUGGUCAUAUCUCUGUUAGAGAUCCUAUUGAUCCAAAUACUUUCUGGAUUAAUCCUUUAGCUAAACAUUUUGGUUUAAUUAAAGCUAGUGAUUUAGUUCAUGUUGAUGAAGAUUGUAAUAUCUUACCUGAUGGUGCUCAAUCCGCUGUUAAUGCUGCGGGUUUUGCUAUCCAUUCCGCUAUUCAUAAAUAUAGACCUGAUAUUCAUGCUGCUUGUCAUACUCAUUCAACUUAUGGUAAAGCUUACAGUGCUUUAGGUAAACCUUUAGAUAUGAUUAAUCAAGAUGUUUGUACUUUUUACAAGAGCCAUUCUGUAUAUACUGAUUUUGGUGGUGUUGCUUUAGAUGCUAAUGAAGGUAUUGAAAUUGCUAAAUCUAUUGGUAAAGGUAAAGGUGCUAUUUUACAAAAUCAUGGUUUACUUACUGUUGGUUCAACUGUUGAUGAAGCCGCUUAUUUAUUCACUUUAUUAGAAAAAUCUUGUGAAUGUCAAUUAUUAGCUAAUGCUGCUCUUUUACCUGGUGAUUCUUUAAAACUUAUUGGUGAUGAAGAAGCUGCUUAUACUGAAUAUACUUCAGCUGAUCCUGAAACUUUAUAUGCUGAAUUCCAACCUGAUUUGGAAAUGGAAAUUGAAUUAAACCCAAGCUUCUUAAACUAA